AUGGAUUUUAUUGAAGAUACCGGUUCUAAAGUCGUUAAUUAUGUCACUAGUAUAUUUCAAGGCGAGCAAAAAGAAGGGAAUGGAGACUGCCACCGUUAUGGUUCUUUUGCAAAAGUUAGAAAUAAUGUUCAUGCUAAAUGGUAUGUAGACGGCAAAGACUAUUAUUAUGCUGUCUCUGAAGCUUUGUCUAAAGCAAGAGAGGAAAUUUUCAUUGAAGACUGGUGGCUUUCACCUGAAGUGUAUCUUCGUAGACCUCCUUAUAAAAACGAAGAGUAUCGUCUCGAUAGACUCCUUAAGAAAAAGGCUGAAGAAGGUGUCAAGAUUUAUGUCAUUCUUUAUAAAGAAGUAACUCAAGCUUUGACCUUGAAUUCAAAACAUAGUAAAGGCGUUCUAAAUAAAUUGCAUCCAAACAUCGUUGUUCAAAGACAUCCUGAUCAUGGUAUCGGCGGAACAUUCCUUUGGGCGAAAAUUGUUGUUAUCGAUCGUCAUGUAUCAUUUGUUGGUGGCUUGGAUUUAUGUUUUGGCCGUUAUGAUACCCAUACCCAUCAACUUAGUGAUUACCAUGCUGCAUCUGGGGAGUGUUCUAUUUGGCCUGGUCAAGAUUACUCAAAUCCUAGAAUUAAGGAUUUUGUUGACGUAAAUGUAUGGGCUCAAACUUUAAUAGACAAAAAACAGCUUGCUCGUAUGCCAUGGCAUGAUAUUCAUAUUGGAAAACCAGCUCUUGACGAAGCAAGGCAUUUCAUUGAACGCUGGAAUUUUGUCAAAAAAGAAAAGGCACAAAAUAAAAUACAAUAUCCAGUUUUAAUUGCUAAAUCUGAUCGAAGACAUGAUUUUGAGAAUCCACCAGCUGAAAAACCUUACACCUAUUUUGGCAAGACUAUUAAAGUUCAUCCGGAAAAAGGAACAUGUAGUGUACAAAUAUGUAGAAGUAGUUCGAUUUGGAGUCAUGGUAUUGAAACUGAACAUUCGAUUCAAAAUGCAUAUAUUGAUAUUAUUACUAAUGCCAAACAUUUCAUCUAUAUCGAGAAUCAAUUCUUUAUCACAGCAACCAAAGUAUCUCCAGAUUAUCCUGUCAAAAACUUGAUUGGAAAGGCUAUUGUUGAUAGAAUCAUUAAGGCACAUAAAAAUAAUGAAACAUUCAAGAUUAUUGUUGUUAUGCCAUUACUUCCUUCCUUCCCAGCCGAACUUGACACCAGCGAGGCUGCAGUUGAUCCACAUGGAAUUGUUGAUGUUGAUGAAACUAGAACUUUCGUCACUGAGGAAUUGUAUAUUCAUUCUAAACUUUUGAUUGCUGAUGAUCGCAUUGUUAUUUGUGGUUCCGCUAAUUUAAAUGACAGAUCACAAAAUGGUGAUCAUGAUUCGGAAAUUGCUGCUGUCAUUGAAGACAAUCCUAGCAAUUAUAUAGAUUCCAAGAUGGGAGGGAAACCUUGGAAAGCUGGAAGAUUCGCAGCUACACUUCGUCGUGCUAUAUUUAAAGAACAUCUUGGAUUAGAGUUGGAAUCUAAUCAUGAAACUUGCACAGAAUACAGUCAUCCUCCACCACAUCACGUUGAAUUAAAAUGUGAAUCUCAUGAAUUAACAGUUAGCGACAAAACUGUCGAAGAUCCUGCUUCAGAUAAAUUUUACAAUGAUAUUUGGACAAAAACUGCUGAUGAUAACACAGAAAUUUUCCGUGAUAUAUUCCAUUGUACUCCUGACGAUACAGUUACAAACUGGGAUGAAUUCAAAGCAUUUACUCCUGAUCGUAAGAAAGUUCCACUUGGCCACGUUUGUAAUGUCGAAAAAACCCCAGUAGAGGUUGAAGGUCAUUUAAAGAAAAUUAAAGGUCAUUUGGUUACUUUCCCAUUAAAAUUCAUGGAGAAUACCAAAUUAUCUGGUUCCGUUGUAUUUGAUGCUGUCACUCCUAUGGAAUUAUUCACUUAA